UAAACGGUAUCGUUUUGCCACGGUUAACAUUCCCUUUCCCUCCAAGAUAUAGGAUCAGAUUCGUCAUUGUUUACGACGGCAAAGUUUUGUGUGCCACUCAAUGGAGCUCCAAACCCUCUUUCCUACAUCUUUCGGAGGUAAUUUGUUCUUCUUAGCACAAAAUCAUAUACGCAAGUGGAAGAAUCAUCCUAGAUUUGGAUCAGAUGCCAAAAUCAUGGGCCAUGGAUGUAUCCUGAAGCAUAUGAGACCAAGAAGAUAUUCCUCAAAGAACUUUGGAGCUUCUAUUUCUUGUUCAACUGGUGUGAACGAGGAUUCCUUUGUACCUCCCCCUACCCAACUAGCUGAUGCAAAGAUCAUUUAUUCUGUAGCUCCUGCCAUGGGUCAUAAUCAGGAGUCACAUCCAGAAUCUAAUUUUAGAGUUCCUGCAAUUGUAAAUGCUCUUGAAAAGAUGGAGCUUACUCCAAAGUUCCGUGGAUCAGAGAUGAUUGAACUACAAAAUUUCCGACCUGCUUCUGUUGAUGAUGUUGCUAGUGUUCAUGCAAGAGCUUACUUGUCAGGGCUUGAGAAGGCUAUGGAUCAGGCUUCAGAACAGGGUAUUAUUUUCAUUGAUGGGUCUGGGCCAACUUAUGCUACUUCCACUACAUUCCAGGAAUCGUUAAUUGCAGCUGGAGCUGGAAUUUCCCUGGUUGAUUCAGUGGUAGCAGCAUCAAAAAUUAGACGGGAUCCCCCUACAGGUUUUGCUUUGAUUAGACCUCCAGGUCAUCAUGCUGUUCCAAAGGGGCCCAUGGGAUUUUGUGUUUUUGGAAAUGUGGCAAUCGCAGCUCGUUAUGCUCAGCGUGUACAUGGAUUAAAGCGUGUAUUUAUCAUUGAUUUUGAUGUUCACCACGGCAAUGGAACUAAUGAUGCAUUCUACGAUGACCCAGAUAUAUUUUUUCUUUCAACUCACCAAGAUGGAAGCUACCCUGGCACUGGUAAAAUUGAUGAGGUAGGUGAUGGAAAUGGUGAAGGAACAACACUAAAUUUGCCUUUACCAGGAGGGUCCGGUGAUAUUGCUAUGCGGACUGUGUUUGAUGAAGUCAUACUACCAUGUGCUCAGAGGUUUCAGCCAGAUAUAAUUCUUGUCUCAGCAGGUUAUGAUGGGCAUGUGUUGGAUCCAUUAGCAAGUCUGCAAUUUACAACAGGAACAUACUAUAUGCUUGCAUCGAACAUUAAACAACUUGCCAAAGAUAUCUGUGGGGGGCGCUGCAUCUUCUUUUUGGAAGGAGGAUAUAACCUCGAUUCUCUUUCAUAUUCAGUUGGAGACUCGUUCCGGGCUUUGCUUGGGGAACGUAGCUUGGCCUUUGAGGUUGAUAACCCUUCCAUCUUGUAUGAAGAGCCAUCGACCAAGGUAAAGCAAGCGAUCCAGAGAGUCAAGUACAUCCAUUCUCUUUGAAAAUGUAUAGAACUACUACUUUUACCUAAUCUGUAGUUUUGCCUAUAUUGUUCUUGUGCUUUUUAUAAUGUCUCAUUGCCAUUAUAUUUUUACCUAAUUGUGAUGAAACUUUUUGUAUCAGUUCACGUGUAUUGGAUUCAACCUUUUUGUUAUCA